GACAUAAUCACUUCAAAAGAAACGCGGCGCAAUCCACACGUAUAUAACAUACUCGAAAAAUAAAUUAACAUAUUGUUCACAUUGUAGACUUUGUAUGUACUAAAAUGACGACCGUUAACGGAAAAGACACCAACGACGUACCACCAUCGUCUCUAAUUCGAAGAAUUAGUUCGCGAACAAUAAAAACCGAGGAUAAAGAAAACGGUGAUGUUUGUAAGGGAUCAUUUGUUAGUAAAUACAAGAAGGUACCGGAGGCACUUAAAAAUUUUCAUUUAAAUGAUCCUGAAGAAAAUUUGGAGGUUCCUGGAACACCGGCGACGCCACGAACAUCGACUACACCUGGUCACGAAAAGUGCACAUUUCACCAUGAUUUGGAGCUGGACCACCGACCGCCCACCCGGGAGGCUCUCCUCCCCGACAUGGCUAACUCCUACAGGCUCUUACUCACGGGGCUGGGAGAAGACCCAGAAAGAGAUGGUCUUCUCAAGACUCCUGAAAGAGCUGCCAAAGCCAUGUUAUUCUUCACUAAAGGAUACGACCAAAGUUUAGAAGAGGUGUUAAACAAUGCCAUCUUCGACGAAGACACAGACGAGAUGGUUGUAGUAAAGGACAUUGAGAUGUUCUCUAUGUGUGAACAUCAUUUGGUGCCCUUCUACGGAAAAGUCUCUAUCGGAUACCUGCCGCAGGGCAAGAUUCUUGGACUUAGCAAGCUAGCAAGAAUUGUGGAGAUCUACUCCAGACGGCUUCAAGUACAGGAGCGUCUUACUAAACAGAUAGCGAAGGCCGUCACUCAAGCAGUGAGACCUGCUGGUGUAGCAGUCGUCAUCGAAGGAGUGCACAUGUGCAUGGUGAUGCGUGGUGUCCAGAAAAUAAACAGUAAGACAGUGACCUCAACGAUGUUGGGCGUGUUCCGUGACGACCCUAAGACUCGUGAGGAGUUCCUCAACCUUGUUCACUCCAAGUGAGCGGGACGUUGCCUUUUUCUAUUUCUUUAUUACCUUAGUCCUUUAGUCUGAACGACAAAAUCAAAUCGUUCUAUAAUUCCAUCUUGAAGAUGCCUAAAAUUAUUUUAAUUUGAACUUCAUUUUGUUGUGUAUUUGAAUAGAUUCCGUUUGGAUUGUCGUUUGUCUUGACGUGUUUACAUUCAUAAAGUAUAUAGAUUGCCGAAUUAGUAUAGUGGUUUUACGGACACAGUCGUUGAGUUUUCGUUUUCUUUUCUUUUAUUACCUUGGAAGUUAUUUUCAUUAGAAAUCAUAUCUCAUAUCGGUUUCUAGAUAAUUUUAAUAGUUAAUGAAAAUUCGUUCGAAUGAACAUUCGUAAAAAAAUAAUUCUAAUAUAGUUUUUCUGUUUCAUUUGCUCAAGUGUUGCUGUGAAUUGAUUAUUCUAAAUUGUUGUUAUACGCAACAGUCCUUUGUUUUUUUUUUUGUUUUUGGAUCAAGUUUAAAUAAGUGUUGCCCUUUUUAAGCUGCUUAUUUUCUUUUAUAUUUACUUAAAAAUAGUAAAAUUUGUUAAAAACAUUACUCAGAUUUUGUUAGCUGAUUGAGGGCACAUACGACAAUAAUUCCUAAAUAAUCGAUGCCAAAUUAUAUGAUCGACGCAGUUUUGUGGCUAGAUACGAUUUUACGAUUAGGAAAUUAAAACUGCCUUCAGUAAUAUAAGUUAGUUAAUUUUUUUAAUUGUUUAAGAGACACCGCUUGGCUAUGGCACAUUAUAUGUAAAUGCUCCAUAUAUAUUUUGAAAAUUACGAUUUAAAAUUGCCCAAAAUCGUAUUUUUCAAAUCUGUGUAAAAUACAACUUUGCUUUCUUUGUAAAAAUCUCAAGCUGUUAAUGGCUGACGCUUGACAUUUUUACAUAAUAUUAUUUUAAAAAUAAAAUCUAUGAUAAACCCAUGACGUUGCCUUAAAAUGAAUAUACGAAUUUUUAUAUGUU